AUGGCGGAGCGGCUCCCAACAUCCUCCUCCUCACGGAGGCGACGCGAAGGCGAUGCUUCUAUUGGGGACUUUGUCAUCGGAGGUGAAAUCGGCAAGGGCAGCUUUGCCCAGGUUUACAGCGGCUACCACAAGAGUUCCAAGGCAACUGUGGCGAUUAAAUCUGUGGAAAUGGGACGCCUCAACAACAAGCUUAGAGAGAAUUUGUACGGCGAGAUCCAAAUCCUUAAGACCCUUCGUCACCCCCACAUCGUCGCCCUGCACGACUGUGUCGAAUCGGCCACACACAUCAACCUCGUCAUGGAGUAUUGCGAGCUCGGCGACUUGUCCUUGUUCAUUAAGAAGAGGGACAAGCUCAGCACCAACCCCGCUACCCACGAGAUGGCGAGGAAGUACCCCGUCACCCCUAACUCGGGUCUUCACGAGGUCGUCACUCGCCAUUUUCUCCAGCAGCUUGGGAGUGCCUUGAAGUUUCUGCGCGAGAAAAAUUACGUACACCGAGACGUCAAGCCUCAGAACCUUCUCCUUUUGCCUUCGCCAAGGUUUAGGGAGGCACACUCGCGUCCGAUCUUGACUGGCAGCCAAGAUUCGUUGAUCCCGAACGCCGGCCUCGCCUCCCUCCCGAUGUUGAAGCUUGCCGACUUUGGUUUCGCUCGCGUCCUGCCAUCAACCUCUCUCGCUGAUACCCUCUGCGGAUCGCCCCUUUACAUGGCACCCGAGAUUCUUCGUUACGAGCGUUACGACGCCAAGGCCGAUCUCUGGUCUGUCGGGACGGUUUUGUACGAGAUGAUUACUGGUCGUCCGCCCUUCCGCGCCCGAAACCACGUUGAGCUUCUGCGUAAGAUCGAAGCCGCCGAGGAUAGGGUGAAAUAUCCGAAGGAGCUUGUGGUCAGUAAAGAGCUGGUAAAGCUUAUCAGCAAACUCCUUACACGAAACCCCGUUGAGCGCAUGAGGUUUGAAGACUUCUUCAAUGACCCAAUCUUGACCGAUCUGAUCCCCGGCACGGUCGAGGAUGAUGCUCCUCCCAAGCCGGAACCCAAGGCCUCCCGCGAUUUGCGAUCUCUUGGCCGCUCCGACUCUACAUCAUCAUUGUCUCGCCGGCUGUCCCUUCGUCGACAAGCUGAAAACGAAGCUGUUCGUGAGCAAGUUGAGACGGCAAAGUCGCCUCGGGAGAAACCUUUGAGAUCACCGCAGCUGCCCAGCCCGAUUGAAGCUCGAACUCAACAGACUGCCUCUGACGCUACAGCACGUGCGGGGCACUCGCCAGGACAAGAUAACGGAGAGGGACUCGGAAUUCGACGUCCCCCGCUGCCUGAGCCCUCCACUUCGGCGCCCAGCCGGCCUCAUAGACUCUCCAACGCGUCUCUCAACCGACCCUCUGCACGAGCCUCUGCUUCACCACCGACUUCGUACCUCAACGAUAACUCGCCGAGAAACAAGCUCCGUGCCGUCACGGAGCGGAGCGUCACAGAGCAAGAAAAGGCUGCUCAAGACGUCGCAUUCGAGCGAGAUUACGUCGUCGUCGAGAAGAAACAUGUAGAGGUGAACGCUUUCGCCGACGAAAUGGCAGCCAACCCCCGCCUUACCUCUUUAUCGCCCAAGACCGGUCAGAUGAUUCGUCGAGCAACACAACAAGGUCCCCCUAAUUCCACGACGGGUGCCGGGCGUGUGCAACCCUCCAACGCAGUCCAGAUUGCCCAGGGCAAGGGACGUUCCGGCCAUGAACAUCGCGAUUCGUACGAUAGCAAGAAUUUCUCUGCAAGUCCGACCACCCAGGGGUUUAUCGCAAAGGCCAUCUCCGAUGCCAGCGUGCGUCUGUUCGGGUUCAAGGUCCCACAGCAUGUGCUAGGUGCAAAGGGGGCGUCUCCGCCUCUCUACAGCCCGUUCCCUGCCUACCCGACGCCGUCAGCCCCCGUCGGGCUCAUUGGUGACGGCAAGGAAAGCGCCCCCGCCGAUGAAGACGCGCGAGCCGUCAAGCUCAUUCAGGAUUUUGCGCACCGGAGUGACUGUGUCUAUGGCUUUGCCGAAGUCAAAUACAAGCAGCUAUUCCCUCUCUCGCCAUCGAUGGAGCACGGACUAGGCGGCAUGCCUGCCGAUCAAGUCACUGGAGACGAGGACGAUCUCACCCCCGACGCCCAAGUUUCUCUUUCGGAGGAGGCUUUGGUUCUUUACGUCAAAGCAUUGACUCUGCUAGCUAGGGCCAUGGAUGUCGCAAGUCUGUGGUGGACACAGAAAACGCGCGGCGACGCAACAGGAGCAUCCGCGGCCGAAGUAUCCAAAGAAGGCCUCGCUCAACGGAUCAACUCGACCGUGCAGUGGGUACGAAGUCGCUUCAAUGAAGUGUUGGAGAAGACCGAGGUCGUCCGCUUGAAGCUCAUCGCUGCCCAGAAGAAGCUUUCGAUUGACCACCCCAGUCACCCGAGUAACCACUGCGGCGAGUCGGCCAACUUGGCAACACCAGGCGCCAAGGAGGUUUAUCUUACGCCAGGCAUUAGUGCCGAGAAGCUGAUGUACGAUCGAGCCUUGGAGAUGAGCCGAACGGCGGCCAUUGACGAAAUCACAAACGAGAACCUUGAGGGUUGCGUUACCUACUACGUCACAGCCAUUCGCAUGCUUGAGGCUGUCUUGGACAACGAUGAGGACACGGUCAAGAGGCGUUACUCGAGCUCAGGCAAAGACCUUUCACGCGAAGAGAUCUCGAGCGAUCUGACCAGCGAUGAUCAACAGGUUGUCAAUCGAAUGAUCCAGAUGAUAACCGCUCGUCUAUCGACUGUCCGCAAAAAGAUGGCCAUGAUUGCUGAGGCAUCUAGAUCGCAGCAGGUUGCGCAGCUUCCAGCGCGCAAGCGUAGCGGCGAUGUGACGCCCCGUAGCGUGCCGUCGUAUGCCUCGUGA